AUGCAGCAGACCAGUGCCAGCAAAAACAAAGGCAACAGCUUCAAAAUCCCCAGCAAUGCAUCCUUUAACAAGACCACAAAGAGAGUGGGCAAGCCAGAUGGCGUGGCAGGAAGGCCUGGCUCAUCCAAGAGAAAGAUUGGGGAUGAGAGAAGCGCAGGAAGCAGCCAGAUGGAGUGUGAGAAGGGCAUAGAGUGCAAUGAAACACUUGAGUCCCAUUAUUGGAACUUCUGGCACUUCAGGCUUGCAGAAGAAAGAGCAGAACAAGAACGCAUUUACAAUUCACUCUCCUGCAGCCAGGUGGAUAGAGAAACCAAGAACAAGAAUGGGGAAUGUAGCAUUCUAUCACAUGAAGGUAUUGCAGCUGCAAAUGGAAUUUCCAACAAGAAACAGCAGGAAAUUGUUGAUUUGAGCUUGGUUUCAGAUGAUGAAAGUGAAAUAAACAGUCGGAACUCCUUAAAAAGCAUAAAACUUUUCAGCUGUAGUGAAGAGGAGAAAGGCAGUGACACAGCAACCUUUUUUGGUUUAAUUUCAGAGUCCUCAGAGGACGACAAACAAGAAAAUGAAGGAUUUUCAGUACACAAUAGUACUUGCAGGGACGUUAAUCAGAACCAGUACAGCGAUGAAGACUUCUUUGAAAAUGAUGUACCUGAUCUAAACUUGAACCCUGAGCAAGGGGCCAGUGAAUGGGAUAAAGAAACAGUUAUCUUUAGUAGAAAUAAUUCUCCAGAAAAGUGUAUAAUUGUUAGGAAAACCAUUGCUGAUUCAGAGUUACACCAAACUAGGCAUGAUAGCAUUCCAAGAAUAGAUGCAUUGGAAAGGACAUCUAGCACAACAAGCUCACUUUCUGAGUCAUUAUUACAGCCUGUUCCACAGACAAAUAAUGUUGAAGAGGAAGGCAUUGGGCACAGUUCGUGUAUGAACGAAGAAGUGGCAGCACCUGAAAUAUUAAAAUCCUCUAAAGAUUUGAGACAGAAAGAUGCAAGAAACUCUACAGAAGGCAGUGGUGAGCCUCUGCAAGAGCCAGCAAUACCAGGAACUUCAAAUAGAUCAGAUGACUGGAAACUGGAGGAGAAGUCUAAAACCUGCACAGAAAAUAGUAAAGAUGCUGUGUCUGUUGAUGUGCAACUUGACAGCGAUGAGGAUGAAAUAUUCAGUAAUCUGGUUGAACAAGCCAUGGAAAAAUAUCUUGGUGAUUCAGAAAGAGGAGUAAAAACUCCAGAGAAAAGACUUGAGACUGAAUCUGGGGCAGUUAGUAAGAAGACAAGUGUAAGAUGUAAAAAUCAAGGUUCCUGUAAACCUUGCUUACACCUACACUUCCACAUUCAAAACUCUCCUCAGAAGUCACCAAGAAAGGGUGGUCAGACCAGCAUCCUUAAUUUCUUCCAAAACAAAGGGAGCAAGAAGAACCCCGUGGAAGAGUCAGGGAAUAAAUGUUCCUCGUGUUGCAGAUGUGCAUGUAAGGAAAGUCCAGAGAAGCUUAGUGGCAAAGAAGCUACCAGCAGUUGGAAAGGUUUAAUGUCCAGAAUGCAGAAGAACAGUGAAAAGCCUUCCUUACCAAGUGUUUCUUCUUCCUCUUCAGGACAGCAAGAGGGUAAGGCAGACCAGCAGCAGAGAAGGUGUCCCUUCUACAAAUAUAUUCCUGGUAAGUAAAACCAAAAUUAAUGUUUAGACAAGGAAACAGUUCAGAAUUUUUAGUAAUUUUGGAUGCCUCUCACUUCAUUUCAGAUAGUAGUGAUAUAUAGAUAAAUAGCAAAAACAAAUUUUGCAUGCACGUUUUUGUUUUGUGUUUGACCACAUAUAAUUCACCAGUAUAUCGUAAUACCGACCUGAAAUGUAUAAUUUACUGCUCUAAUCAAUCUUUUAUGGUAAUCCCAUGUUAGCUGCUAACUUAGUAAUGUUGUAUCAUAUAACUUUCUGUAUUAAGGUUGAUAUAUGCCUUGUUAGAUGCUGCUUUUUUUAUCAAUUGGUUGUAUGAGAGGGUAUUAGUAGUCUACAUACUUGCUGGUAGGGCACACUGUAUACAAAAAACAGUGGGAGUUAAUGUAAAUAUAUUGUUAGUAAUACCUUAAUGUAAAGUAAAAAACAGAAUAGAAACUGUGUAAGAUAUUCAUUACAUAACACUUCCUUCCCCCUUAAAGGAAAUACAACACAGGCCUUAUAAGAGAACAUAGUGGGGUAUAUUGUAUAAAAAACUUGUCUAAACUUGCCAAGUAUAUAGUUAUCAGCCAAGUACUUCAGUAACUUUCUUCGGGUUGUUCUUUGAGGAAGUUCCCUUGGUUAAGUACUUGAAAUAUGUGGUUGAGGAUCUUUUACAUGUGCCUCAUCAUUCUGAGAAUUUGAGAAUAUGCAAGUCUCAGGUUCUUCUGUCUCUGGUUGAUCUACAACUAUCAGCUAUCAUAGAUUGGCAUAAGAAAGGACCAGCAAAAUCUUUGUGUAACCUUGGCCAUGCUGAACUAGGAUUUUCCCAAAGAUGUGACUUCAUUGACAUAGGAUUCUUCUGUUGUAAUGCACAUCCCUCACACAUCUUUAUAUACAAUUAUAUACAAUUCUAUGUCAUUAUCAAUAUUUGGCCACCAUGUAAAUGUAUGGGCUAUUGACUUGGGUCUUAUGAUUCCCAGAUGGUUUGCUUAUGGAGCUUAUUGGACACUAUUACCAUUACUCCCUUCAAUAUGUAACCUUUCUUUACCGAGAAUGCACCCCAUGCAUCUACAAAAGGUUUAAACCCAGACUGUGUUAGCAAAGCGUUCUUACCAGAUAUUGUGAAAAUGC